UUGUCUUCCACCUCUAUAUAUAUUACUUAUAUUUCUAGAAUUGGGUAAUUUCACUUUUGUUUUAAUGUGUGGAAUUUUGUGUGCUGUUUCUCAUGAUCCUAAUUGGAAUCUUAGAAGUCUGAUCGAGGUUCUUAAGAGCACUAUAAAAAAUCGUGGCCCUGACAAACAGGACGAAGUUAUACUCAGUUUUCAAACUGGAAGUAUUUUACUAGCUGGCAGUGUCUUAUGGCAACAAGGAGCCAAUGUGCAAAAGCAGCCCAUAGAUAAAGGCGAUUUUUUAAUUUUAUGUAAUGGAGAUUUCUACAAUUUACAGAAACCUGAUAACAUUUCUGACACUCUGUUUAUAGCUAACAGAUUAGCUGAGUGCAUUAAUGCAGAACAGAUAAUAUCUGUUCUAAAGUCUUUGCAAGGACCACAUAGUUUGUUAAUAUAUGACAAAAGUAAUCAAAUACUUUACUUUUCCCGUGACACACUUGGAAGAAACUCAUUAAUUAUUGAACGCACCCAACAUGGUAUUAAUUUAUUGAGUGUAUCAGGCUUCUUUAAUAACAAUCAAUUAUCAAUAGAACUGCCUCCAUUGGGUAUUUAUCAAAUGAAAGUUAAUAAUUUAACGUCAUGUGUUGUUCAUUUAUGGCAGCCACUGAAUGAAUACUCGGAACAGCUUUUAUACAACCUUGAUGCUAAAGUUGGCUUGAAAACUACAGUAGAAAGUAUCAUUUCACCAAAUUGGCUCUUAAAAAAAAAAUCUAAGAUUGAUUACGACUUCUAUAAAACUCCUUAUAAUACUGAUCAUGUGGAGCUUUAUGAAAAUCUUAUUAGUCAACCAAAAAUUAAAGCAUCACUCAACGCUUUUGAUAAAUUACUUUCCAAGUCUGUAGCAAAUCGUGUUGAAUGCACGGCUCCAUUAUGCCGCAUUUGUUUAAGCGCACUUAAUACAAAAAAAACCGUGUGCAGGCAUGCCAAAAUAUGCAUUUUAUUUUCUGGUGGAAUCGAUUGUACCAUCUUGGCCUUUCUUGCCAACAAAUUUGUGCCCCAUGAUGAGCCGAUAGAACUUAUUAAUGUAGCUUUCGAAAGCCUUGGCGGUCAAAACGUAUCUGAGAAACGUUGGGAUGUACCUGACCGCAGAACUUCUUUAAUGUCUGCGAACGAGCUUAAGAGUGUCUGUCCUGAGCGGUUCUGGAAUUUCCUUGAAGUUAAUGUCACUCGUGACGAGUUAAAAACACAACUUUCAACACGUAUAAAGAACCUCAUUUAUCCACUUCAGACAAUAUUGGAUGAAAGUUUGGGAUGUGCCUACUGGUUUGCUUCAAAUUGCUCAAAUUCAACUGCUCGAGUAGCCUUGAUAGGUAGUGGCGCAGAUGAGUUAUUUGGUGGUUAUUGUCGUCAUCGAAAUGCAUAUAAACGUUGUCUAGGAAGCAGAUCUGAGCGCCAACUUUCUGUGCAAAAAGAGCUUGAUUUUGACUGGCAAAGACUACCAGCUCGGAAUUUAGCUAGAGAUGAUCGAGUUAUUGGCGACAAUGGCAAAACGGCGCGUUCACCAUUUAUCGAGGAGAACAUUGUUGAAUUUGUUAGAUCCUUAGAACCAUACCAAAAAUGUUGCUUUAAUUUUCCCGAGGGUGUCGGUGAUAAAUUGCUUCUGAGACUGUAUGCCUAUAAAAUAGGUCUGCGAGACGUGGCCUUGAUAAAAAAGAGAGCAAUUCAGUUUGGAUCCAGAAUUGCAAAUAAAAAGGAGAAUGCUUCAGCUCAGUCUGAACACCUUAAAUUUUAUAUUUAAACUCCUUAUUCUAUAAAUUAUUUUAAUAAAAUUACACUACUUGUCUCGAUUUCCUCGAAUCAA